AUGAUGAGAAUCAGCGGUGCGCUCUUUGCUCGUCUAGCCGUACCGACAAACGCUACCGUCCAACCAGAGGAUGUUAUCCAGACCGAGAUCGUGCCCCUUUCCGACAGAGCGGUUCCCAUUGUCGUCGUCAAUGUGCUACUGACGUUUGCCACAACACUAUGGACGGGUAUGCGGUUAUACAGUCGGCGGAAGAAGGGACAGUCAUUUACCAUUGAGGAUUUCUUGACUGUUGUUGCUCUGAUCGCCUUCUAUGGGCUAGUGGCCUGCAAUUUUGUUAUGGUCUAUCUCGGAGGAACUGGGCAUCACUACUUGACCCUCCAGCCAUAUCACGUCGAACGCAUGUCAAAGGCCGCAUACGGUGUUCAAACCCUCUUCGCCAUCUGCCUCGGCUUCAUCAAGAUCGGCAUCACCCUCAUGCUCCAGCGCGUAUUCUUCGUCCAGGGUUUCAAGAUCGCGGCCCGCAUCACCACGGGCCUCUGCGUCUGCUGGAUGCUCUUCACCAUUCUCAUUGGCAUCUUCAUCUGCCAGCCCGUGGCCAUGAACUGGAACCCGGCGACGCCCGGCGGCAAGUGCGGGGACCAGAACGCCGCCUUCGCCGCCGUGGGCUACUUUGACCUCGCGACGGACCUCAUCAUUCUAGUGCUGCCGAUACCCAUGGUGUAUAACCUGCAACUGCGGUGGCCGCACAAGGUGGCUUUGUACAUCAUCUUUGGCGCAGGCGCUCUGACCAUGAUCUUCGCCGCCCUACGAUUAAAGAACGUCUUGACAAUGGACUUCACGGACGUGACAUACUCCCAGGUCGGCGUCGUGCUGAUGGGAACUCUCGAGCCCGGCGUCGCCAUCAUAGUCUCGAGCAGCCCCCUCCUGAAACCGAUAUUCGAUGCCACCGUCGGCCGCUUCUGGUCCCUACGCGGCACACGCGGCGCCACAACGAGAUCCGGCGGGGCAGGGGCGGCCUCUGCCAAGCCGAACACCCUCCAGACGAUUGGCCAAUCCGGGCUUCUCGGGUCGAAACUUUCUAGAGGCGGGGGAGGGAGGUUUAGUCAGAUGCACUCGACACACAGCGACGAUGAUGACGAUUUGGAGCUGGAUAGGUUGCGAGAGAAGAGGCAUAACGUGGCCGUAAUGGCGGCCAGCGGGAAUCCGUCGGAGGAUAGCGUGGCGAGGGACUUCAAGGGGAGAGGGGACGAUGCUUCGGGCUCCGAGGUUGGGAUUUUGGUGACGAGCAAAACGAGUGUUGUGAGCGAGGUCAGGGGGCAAGGGUUUAUGACUGAUGAAAAGCUGAAGGUCCGGGUACAAAGGUUCUGGGCAACAAAUCCUCAGGAAGACGCAAAUAACAUGAAAUUUGAUCUAUAG